UAAAACGGGACGAGACAGCCCCGGUCGCGGAUACGUUUAUCCAUGGGGAGAAAAAAUAAUAUUACGAUGUCCUAGACUUUUCAGGAUGAGAGUUGAUAUCGUAUCGUCGGCAAGAGUCGGGUCUUUAACGAGCCAACCAACUUCAUUUUACUGUGCGUCAUGAUUUCCAAGCACAUAGGCCGCCGCCGCCAAUAAGUGACACCAGAACCAGAGCGGGGGGAGGAGAGCAAAAGUUUUGGACCGUCAUCAUCGGAGCCAUCUGCAGUCGGGAGAAACGGUGAAUGAGGAGAUGAAUUUCGGCGUCCCCGCAAACUCGCUGCUACUUUUCCGCGCUUGCGAUGAAGGGGACUACGAAACCGCCCGGGGGAUCUUAGAGCCCGGGGCCAAAGAGUCAGGGAGGCAGAGCAGGCUGCGCUCCGAUGCGGGGUCGGAGUGCACCGUCGCGGACAUGACGCGGGGCUUGCCCCUGGUGCCGGUGGACUGCACGGACGAGGAGGGCAACACCGCCCUGCAGUUCGCCUCGGCCAGCGGCCACGAGAACCUGGUUCGGUUUCUCCUGCGGAAAGGGGCCUCGGUGGACAGCCGGAACAACUACGGCUGGACUCCGAUGAUGCAGGCUGCGAGGUUUGGUCACCUGAAUGUAGUCCACAUCCUCUUGGAGAACGGAGCAGAGAUGAACGGCCGGAACCGGCUGGGUGCCAGCGUCCUGACCAUGGCAGCUCGGGGAGGACAUACCCACGUGGUCAAGCUCCUUUUGGAAGGUGGUGCCUAUGUCGAUGACUAUGACCACCUCGCCAUCGCCAUGGAGGGAGUCUCUAAUGGCAGCAACAAUAACAGCUGCAGUACGGGUGGUUUUGGGGGUGGUGAGGGCUGUGUGACUGGAGGGCUUGGGGGCUGUGGCGGAGGGGCAGUCGGAACCAGGGAGUUCAUGGACAUCACAGCCCUGUUAGUGGCCUCUCAGCAUGGCCAUGAGGCUGUCGUGCGUCUGCUGCUGGAGUGGGGCUCUGAUGUCAACUUCUCCCAGAAGACCACUGGCUGGGGAGCACUGAUGCUGGUCACACUCAGUGGGAAGGUGGGUGUGGCUCAGCAGCUGGUGGAGCGAGGGGCAAACCCUGACAAGGUCAACGUUCUGUCCAAGACAGCCUUCGAACUGGCCCUGCAGCUCAAACAGAGAGACAUCAAGGCCUACCUCGACUCUAUCACAACUGUACGACCUCAGACAGACGAUGAGAAGAGAAGACCAGACGUGUUCAGUGCCCUCAAGUUGGGAAAUUCCCAGCUAGUUAAAGAGAUCUUGGAGGAGGACCCCGCCCAGGUGAAUUCAUCAAAUCAGGAAGGAGCGUCGCCUUUGAUGAUGGCAGCGGUGAGCGGCCAGUUAGAAGUGGUGCAGCUAAUGGUAGAAAAGAAUGCUGACAUAGAUAAACAAGAUGGCGUUCACGGAUGGACCGCUCUAAUGCAGGCCACCUAUCACGGUAAUAAGGAUGUUGUGAAGUAUCUGUUGAAUCAGGGAGCAGAUGUCAACCUUCGAGCAAAGAAUGGAUACACAGCUUUUGAUUUGGUGAUGCUGCUCAAUGAUCCAGACACAGAAUUGGUGCGUCUGUUAGCCUCAGUGUGUAUGCAGGUGGACAAGGAGAAGGGAAAACACCGUAGCAGAGCCUCCACAAUGCGCCCCAAGAGCCGACACUCCCUCAGCAAUGUCCCUGUACCCCCUGACGACAAGGGGGGACUCAAGUCUUGGUGGAACAGGAUGUCGAAUCGGUUCCGGCGCCUUAAGUUGACUCACACCUUGAGACAUGGCCUCUCCUCCAAUCGUCUUGCUCCGUUUCCUGAUGAUGCCGAGGCCUCUUUGGAUGCCACCAUGAAGGCAGACAGGAAGUCUAGGAAUGGGGCCAAUGGUCCGCUGGCACCUCCCCCUCCCUUGGCUGGAAAUGACAUCAGCACUGCCUGGGGAGUCAAGAGCAAAGACUCUGGUCUUGGCAGGGCAGGUUUGGAGAAGGAGGACUUCCUAAUAACCACAAUGCUAAGAAAUGGUGCACCUCUGACGCGACUGCCCAAUGACAAGCUCAAAGCGGUGAUCCCCCCUUUUUUGCCUCCCUCCAACUUUGAGCUGUGGAAUUCAGACCGCUCACAUCUCCUUAAGGAGGGAAAGAGUGAAGUACCCCGUCUGCCGAUGCCCCCACAGCGGAAACUUAAUAGCAGUGGAAACUCUGAUAUUACAUCGAUCAGCCGUGUGGUGAGCAGGCCCAUUAAGUUUCCCAGCAUCUCUAAGGGGCCCUCCUCCUCCUCCCCCUCUAACUCCGGUCACUAUCACUCCCCGCAUUCCUCGGGGGGAUCCAACGGGGUGGCGGGACUUAACCGAGACUCGCACAACCGCUCAGGGGGCAGUGCAGACAGCGUUCUGUCUCAGAUUGCGGCCCAGAGGAAGAGAGCGGCGGGACUCGUGGACACAAAGGUCAGGUCCCAGAGAAGCACCAGCCAGUCCCAGCCUCAACCCCAGCCCCAGAUCUCUGCCUCGGCCUCCGGCAGAGCUGUGCCUGACAUCAGCCUCCCUGACAUCCACCUGACCCCCAGCCUGGUCGCUUCAGAUGUCCAUUCUAGACGAAAGAUGGAGUUGAAGAAGAGACCCCAGUCAGGAAACUCCUCCACCUCCAAGAGCACGUCACCCACCCUCACCCCAUCUCCCUCCCCAACGCCCAAGCCCCCAGCUGGGCCGGGAGACUCUCUGUCAUCGGCCUCCUCCCAUCCUCGGUCCAAGAGCAGCGGGGGCUCCAGCAGCGGCACCAUCACUGACGAAGAUGAGCUGUCCAGUAUCCUGAAGAAGCUCUCACUGGAGAAAUACCAGCCUAUAUUUGAAGAACAAGAGGUGGACAUGGAGGCAUUCUUGACUCUUACAGAUGGUGACUUGAAAGAGUUGGGCAUUAAAACAGAUGGACCUAGACAGCAGAUCCUGGCUGCCAUCUCAGAGCUGAACGCUGGAAAGGGUCGAGAGAGACAGAUUCUUCAGGAGACCAUUCAUAAUUUCCAGUCUUCAUUUGGAAGCAGCGCCAGUAAUCCAAGACAACCAGGACAGCCAUGCUCUCCAACAGGCUGGAUGAGACACCAGGUCCGCUCCUCCAACAAAAGGUAGCACCUGUUGCCCUGGAUUCCACUUUGCCAGAACGUGACCUUUUCCAGGAAGUACGCUAAAAGGUCAAAGUUAAACCUUUUGGUCAAAGGGUGAAAUGCCGUGGACUUCCAGCCAAUGUGCGAGCGAUGUGGAGUCUCCUGGACGCCAGAGUCCCAGUGCGCUAGAGACGCUAGUGCAAGAGGACGCUGCAGUAAGAUGGGGCAACCGGGCCCUCAGCAACCGUAAUCACUCUCCGGGUUCCCAUUAGAUGAGGUGAUAUGACAAUUGUCCCACAAGUGCAAUGCCCAGCAGCUUUUUGAUGAAGCACAUAGGCCUUGUUCAGACUGAAGGCAAAUUGAGUGUGUCCAGACAUCACCAACCUGUCUGCAUGGGUUGCUAUGGUAAUGAUGUAGGUGUGCGUAUCUAUGUAGGCUGGUGAUGUGGUUUACCAUCAUGGAAGCAUGAGAUAUAGAGAUCCGUCAUCUCAUCCUCCAAACAAUUGCUCUGUCAAGUCAUGGUACAGAACUCCUCUGUCACACCAGACAAACUCAGCAAUGGUGGAGGCUGGUAUACACUACGAUGUUCUGUGCUGCAGUCAUGGCGGGAUCCACUUCCGCCACUCUGGAUUUGACGUCGUCGUUGUGUGUCGCAUUGCGAGUGGUGCAGAAGACAGUUUAAGAUCUGAUUUGGGCGGCCACAGCAUCUGGACUGAGACGCAUCUGUAGAAAUCCGAUUGGAAUUGCAUUUCAAACCACCUCCAAAUGUGGUUUAAAUCCGAGUUGCAAAAAUCGCAUUUCAUGUGGCUUUUUUGCUGUCCAGAGUUUCUAAAUCAAUCUGCAUACAAUCUGGCUAUGCCAAAAAACGGAUUUGGGCUGGCAGUCUGAACAAGGCCAUAGUGACGACAUGCAGCAAAAUCAGAUUUGUUGCAAAGCCUUCUGCUGACAACAGUGAAGAGUGAAUGUUGAAAGAGAAAGAGUGACAGAGCGAGCAUUGACGGACGAGAUGACGAAAAACAGCACAGAGAGAGAUCAAGUGUGUGCCAAGCGAAAGGCUUUUUUUUUUCCAAAACCGUUUGAAAGUGAGACAGUGUAAUAUAUGGUGGAACAAAGGCAACAACAGCGAGGAGGAAAAGGAGAGAGAAUGUGAACAUAGUGUAUAAGUAGGAUACAUGAUGGCCCAUAAGACUGUGAUUUAGACUUGGUUGGAGGGAUCAUGGUGACUGCAGGAAAAAAAGAAGCGACUGGAAGAAGAAAGACACGAUAGCCCGGCUGUGGAGUCAUCUAGUCUGUAUUUCAAACUGCUCGUGCACAUGUCUCCAUGUCCACCUUCCACAUCAAUACAUGAAAAGUGAAAAUUUAGUCAAGACUGUGCCGUCUGGAACGAAUAAACCUUCUGUUGAUUCA